AUGAAAGAAAAUAAAAUAAAUGAUGAGCCUGAAACAAAAAAAUGCGGCACAAUACAUAGAGGAAGCUUAUUAGAUGAUCAAUUCAAAGAAACUCUAUCAAAUAAAUUUCUAUUGUAUAAUGAUGAAAAUCAAGACAAAGAAAAAACAAAAAAGGAAAAACCAACGAUUAACAGAAGUUUAAUAGGCAGUUUUUCUAAAGAUAAAUAUAAAAAUUUCUUAUCAAAAAUUGAAAAAUCCAAUGAAAAUAUCAAAAAUAUGGAUAAAGAAAGUGUGAGAAUCGACAAAGAUAUGUUUGAUCAGUCACAUGACAAUAUUGACGAAAAUUGUGUUGUUAUGGACGUAUCUAUGGGUAUUUUUGAUGUGUGCAACGAAAAUUUGAAUGACAAUGAACUUAGGGAAAAAAACAUUACAAUAUCUGAAGUUCCAAGCCAAGAACAUAAUGAGCAGUGUAAACAAGAAUUGAUUGAAGAAUUAUGA